AUGGAAGAAAAAACUUCAGCCAAUUACUUCGAUAUCCUCACUCUAUUCACAUAUGGUUUUUCAUUUGUUUCUGGAAAAUUGAAGAUUGGAUGCUUCGAAACAUUUAAACAGGAUGAACAAUCAGAGAUUGGAGCUAAUGGAUUCUGA